AUGGCCUGGUCUUGUGUGUUUAAAUCAUUGCAACUCAACAAGUUGGAGAUGGCAGAGCUUCUGUUUCUCAUAUGGAGAAUAUGGAAGGCUCGCUGCUGGUCUUGUUAUGACCGAGUUCAGUAUUUGCCAGGCCUCCUUUUCCAACAAAUUUUGCACCAAAGGGACGAGUGGAUCGCAGCAACCGCGUUAGGCUCGCAUGGCAGGAAUCUUUCUGGUCGCUCUCCAUCCACCACGCCUUCUCCUUCUUGCCCAUCAGGGGGUUUGCUAGUUCGUUUUGAUGGGGCUACCAGCAGGGAGGUUGGUGGAAGCAUCGGUUUUGUGGGAUUCUCGGCAUCAGCUACAAUCGUCCAUGCUUACGGUAAGUACUAUGACGGUUUAUUCGAACCAUUCUUGUUGGAACUCUUGGCGUUGUGA